AUGGCAUCAUUCUGCCGGCGGUUACCCGACGCCGGCGCCGUUGCAGUAUCCGGCGGUGUUCGGAUCCGGCGGACGGAUAUGAUCGCUGGAACUAGAGGGAUACGAUAUGGUUAUUCUCCUCGGGAGAUGAGGACGGUGAGAAUGAAGUUGACGGUGGUGGAGGGCGGCGGUUACGGCGGCGUACGGAGGAGAGAGGAGAAGGUUGGACUGUGUUAUUUUGCGGUGGAGGACGGGAGUGUAGGAAAUGAUAAUGUAGCGGAGAGUAGUGGGAAUAGAGUGGCGGAGGUGGCGGUUGCCGCUGCUGCAACGGUGGUGACGGGGGUUGGAAAUAGAGUUCUUUAUAAAUUGGCUUUGGUUCCUUUGAAACAGUAUCCUUUCUUUCUUGCUCAGCUUUCAACUUUCGGAUAUGUGAUUGUGUACUUUGGCAUUAUGUAUAUUCGACACCGUUCCGGCAUUGUCACCGAUGAGAUGUUAAGCUUGCCAAAGACUCCAUUUGUUGUUAUUGGUCUUUUGCAGGCUCUUGCUGCUGUUACCGGAAUGGCCGCAGGAGCUAUUCUCUCAGGAGCUUCAAUUCCAAUUUUGUCUCAGACCUUUCUAGUGUGGCAAAUUCUUCUGUCCAUUGUUUUUCUCGGGAGAAGAUAUAAAGUCAACCAUCUACUUGGAUGCUUUCUUGUCACUAUGGGUGUAGUUGUUACCGUAGCAAGUGGAGCUGAUGCUGGAAAUUCGUUAAAGGAUGGUGGUUUAUUUUGGAGUCUUUUGAUGAUAGUUUCAUUUUUACUCCAAGCAGCCGAUACCGUGGUCAAGGAGCUAAUCUUUUUGGAUGCAAACAGAAAACUAAAGGGAGGCUCUGUGGACCUGUUUGUAGUCAACUCAUAUGGAUCUGCAUUUCAAGCACUAUUCAUAUGCCUUCUUCUCCCAUUCUUGUCGAAAUUAUGGGGUGUCCCCUUCAGUCAAUUACCAAACUACCUCAGAGAUGGUGCAGCUUGCUUCCUAAAUGUCGGUAAACUAUCAAGUGUUCCAGGAUGUGAUGGUGCACCUCUGCUACCAAUUCUGUUUAUUAUCGUAAACAUUGGUUUCAAUAUUGCAUUGCUUCAUCUCCUCAAAAUCUCUUCUGCUGUUGUAUCUUGUCUUGCUUCCACAUUUUCAGUCCCGAUAUCAAUCUAUGUAUUCACACUGCCAUUGCCAUACCUUGGUGUUGCCUCCUCUCUUCCAACAGGCUUUGUGGCAGGGGCCAUAGUUCUCAUUUUUGGCUUACUCAUUUAUGCAUGGACCCCUUCAAAUGGUUGUUCCUCAGGUGCUUCCUUCUCAGAGGCUUCCAACUAG